AGAACGCCGGCACAUUUUGCAACCGUGUUCGGCGCACGCGCAAGGGCCGGACUCGGCGCAGCGGAGCAAGGCCCAUCAGUGAGGAAGAUGGCAGCCUCAGAGACGGAGCUCCGACGCAACCACUGGGCCCGAGCCGGGUUUUACAUCUCGACCUCCUCGGUGGACAGCGAGGGGGGGACGGGCUCGGCGAGCGACUGGGACCGAGACGACGAAGAGACUUGCUCUUUCAGCGAGGGGAGGAGACGGCCGAGCGUCAUCGAUCCGUACAGCAUCCCGAAGACCUUGAGGAAGAAUCAGAGUUUGGAGUUGUUUCAGCUGGUGAAGAAUGCGGGGGAGGCCAAGGUCCUCGUCAUAUACACCGGUGGCACCAUCGGCAUGGUCAAGAACCAGCAAGGAGUAUUGGCGCCCGUCCCGAACGCUCUGGAGGCCAUGAUCCGCCGCUACCCCCACCUCCACGACGAGGUCUACGCGAGUAAGCACUACGGCAAGGCGGCCGCCGUGCUCGAGCUCAAGCACAAGGCGAAAGUCGGCGAGGAUUCCCCGCACUCGGACGACGAGAAGUCCCACCUCCCCGACACGCCCCUGGCCCUACCGGAGACGCGCGAGAAGAAGCGAGUGGUCUACACCAUCUUCGAGUACGAGCCCCUCCUCGACUCCUCCAACAUCACGAUGGACGACUACAUCCGCAUCGCCUCCGACAUCAAGAGCACGUAUCACCUGUUCGACGGGUUCGUGAUCCUGCACGGGACGGACACGCUGUGCUACACUGCCUCGGCCCUCUCCUUCAUGCUGGAGAACCUCGGGAAAAGCGUGAUUCUCACCGGCUCCCAGAUCCCGAUCUUCGAGACCCGGAGCGACGGGCGAGACAACUUCAUCGGGGCGCUGAUCCUGGCCGGGAACUACGUCAUCCCGGAAGUGACAAUCUUCUUCAACCACAAAUUGUUCAGGGGGAACCGGACGACGAAGAUGGACACGGGGGCGUUGGACGCCUUCGAUUCCCCCAACCUGCCGCCUCUGGCCAACUUUGGCAUCACCAUUCGA